AUGCUCCGAAAUACAAGAAGAGAUCGAAAAUUAGGCCAACUUUUCGAUUAUCUCGAGUACGAACUAGUCGCUGAGAGGAACACCUCUGAAGAACUCAGGACUCGGGCGCAGGAGUGGGAACAAAUGUGUAAGGCGGAAAGCAUGCGCUGUGCUGAAUUGAAAGGAUUGUUGGACAGAGCCACAAAUAUGAUUCGUGAGCAGAAAGACGCUGCUGAACAAAAGUUCCUUUCUCUGCAGGCCGUAGUUCGGAAACAAGAAGAGCAUAUAUUCAAUCUGUACCGCCGCACAGAG